AUGAAUUAAUUAGAAAAAACUCCUAAAUAAAGAUUGUAAAGAACUCAAAGUUAAUAGGAUGAAAAAUGGUUAAAGCAAUUAAACAAAGUUUCAUCAUCCUUAAAGUAUUAUUAUUAUGCAAAUUAGAAAUUUGAAAACAACACAAGAAAGAAAUGUAUAUAUUAAAAAAGUUGCACAUUAAAGAGAGUUGGAUAAAAUAAAUCAUGAAAAAUAAGUUAUCUAAUAAAAAUCAUAUUUAUUAGAUAGAAGCAAAAAAAAGUUUCUCUCAUUAAUAAGAUGUAAAGAUCCAGAAAAAUUUUUCUUAAAAUUUAAGCCAAUAUAAAAACCUUUAAAUAUGCUUAGAAUGGUUUCAGAAUUAAAUUUAGCUGAAAAAGUUCAAAUGAACUUAAACAAAUAAUCGAAACAUGAAUAAGAAUAGAGCUCAAUAAUAAAUAGUGAAAUUAGUAAAAAUAAAAAAAAGUAAUAGAAACGUACUAAUAUAGUGGAGGCAGCAAAAUAACUGAUUUAAAUGUAUCAAAAGAAUCUUAAAUUGAGAUAUUGAAGCCAAGAAAGACUUUAGAAUAUUUAUUUUUAGAAAAUAAAAAACAAUAAAUAAAUUUAUAAAGAGAUUUUGAUCUAGAAAAAAGUAAGUCAAAAAAAUAAACAUAAAGAAGAUCUUAUUCUCAAUAUUCUAAAUCUAAUCUUAAAAAUUUGACAACAACAGGAAUUAAUGCUUUAGUUACAGAAAUGGAUUAAAUGGAUUAAAAAAUAAAUAAUAAUUUACUUAAAAUAAGUAAAAUAUCGAGUUAAAUGUAAGGUUAUAAUAUAAACAAUAGUUUAUCUAGAAAUGGAAUAUAUUUUUAAACUAAAUAAACUUCAAAUUCUAUAAAAGUUAAUUCUUAAGACAAUAUUUGUUUAGAAGAUGACAGUAAUAUUUGUAAAAUAUUUUAGAUUCUUCAUUAGCUUCUCAUACACAAAUGAUGUUGGAUAAUUUAUAUGGAAUUACUAAGAAAUUAAAUUCUGAUACUAAAAACUUGGAUGUGAAAAAGAAGGAGUAUGAGCAUGAAUCAAUUAAACUAUUCUAUAAAAAAAUUAAUUGCAAGAUCUGA